GAAACAAGAGACAAGAAUUUCAGAUUCAUCUGAGGAGUCAUUACGACUACCAAUGCCCGAAAUGUGACUAUACUUCGCGUACCGAGGGUCGCCUUCGGCGACACAUAGAGGGAUUCCACUCGGCCGUACCUCCGGAAAAUUUUUCGGGCAAGUCUUCGAAACAUUCGAGUAAAAUGAGGCUUCAACGAUGCAAGCAGUGCGACUACGUGGCUGAAACAAAAAGUGGAUUAAGGUUCUCCUGGCAACUAGGCGACAUGGGGAGAGUGGAGCGAGUGGAUGCACUGGAUAAAGGGGAGAAAGAGAGGAAGAGAUGGUUUGUGUCAGGCACCGAGACAGACUAUUGGCAGCACCAGCGAACUCACAUAAAGGUGGACCGACAGUUGCAAUGCACACAGUGUCCAUUCGUCACAGAAUACCGACACCAUCUUGAAUAUCACAUUCGCAAUCACCUGGGUUCGAAGCCCUACAAAUGCUCCAAGUGUAACUACGAGUGUGUCAACAAGUCUAUGCUAAACAGCCACAUGAAAUCGCAUACAAACGUGUAUCAGUACCGCUGCGCUGACUGCAACUACGCAACAAAGUACUGCCACAGUCUGAAGAUGCAUCUCACCAAGCACAAACACACACAAGCUGUGGUUCUAAACGUGGAUGGAAGUCUGCCAGAAAGGGCAAACGCUCUGGCGCUUAAACCAGACCGAGUAGCUCCAUCAAUCAGUCAACCUUCUCCUCUUCCUUCUACGCCAGUUCUACCCUUCUUUCUUCCCCCUCCACUCAACCCCCAACCUGAGGUACCUUCUGGCAAGUCGCAGGAAAACCUUGCUUUGAUGACUGCUUUCGUGCUCUCCAUGCAGCAGCAAGCCUUCCCGCAGACUUCAUUAUCAUCAUCAUCAUCCUUUCCAGCACUUCUCAACUUGCCAGUUAGACCCACUGCACCACCACUGUUUGUGACAGAGGAUGAUGUACUGGAUCUCUCAGCCCCCAAACCGGAAGCUAGGGUGCAGGCGGAAAAUGUUCAUACUUCUGCUUCCGCAAAAUAUGAAUGUAGCUUUUGUGAAAUUAUAUUUAAGAACGAAACCCUCUUUGAACUGCACAAGCAAUUCCAUGAUCCCAAAGAUCCCUUUCGUUGUAAACGAUGCAAUGUUCGUUGCCAAGACUCAGUGGACUUCUUUAACCACAUCAAUGAGAAGGAGCACGGUGGGAGCAGUGUAUGA